AUGCAGAGUACGGCGAACUACCUGUGGAUGAUGUCGGACCUGCUGGGUCAGGGCGCCACGGCCAACGUGUACCGCGGCCGGCACAAGAAAACGGGCGAUCUGUACGCGGUCAAAGUGUUUAAUAACCUGAGCUUUCUGCGGCCGCUGGAUGUCCAGAUGAGGGAGUUCGAGGUGCUGAAGAAGCUCAAUCACAAGAACAUCGUGAAGCUGUUCGCCGUCGAGGAGGAGUCGAACACGCGUCACAAGGUGUUGGUGAUGGAGUACUGCCCGUGCGGGAGCCUGUACACGGUUCUGGAGGAGCCGACCAACGCAUACGGGCUCCCGGAGGACGAGUUCCUCAUCGUUCUGCAGGACGUGGUGGCGGGAAUGAACCAUCUGCGGGAGUACGGCAUCGUGCACCGAGACAUCAAGCCGGGGAACAUCAUGCGUGUGAUCGGAGAGGACGGCCGGUCCGUGUACAAACUCACAGACUUCGGAGCCGCCCGCGAACUGGAGGACGACGAGCAGUUCGUCUCUCUCUACGGCACCGAGGAGUAUCUGCAUCCUGACAUGUACGAGCGAGCGGUCCUGAGGAAAGAUCACCAGAAGAAGUACGGCGCCACGGUGGAUCUGUGGAGCAUCGGCGUCACCUUCUAUCACGCCGCCACCGGCUGCCUGCCGUUCAGACCCUUCGAGGGCCCGCGCAGGAACAAAGAAGUCAUGUAUAAGAUCAUCACGGAGAAGCCGCCGGGCGCGAUCUCAGGCCAUCAGAAGUUCGAGAACGGGAAGAUCGAGUGGAGCUCCGAGAUGCCGAUCUCCUGCAGCCUCUCCAAGGGUCUUCAGAGUCUCCUCACGCCAGUGCUGGCCAACAUCCUGGAGGCGGAUCAGGAGAAGUGUUGGGGAUUCGACCAGUUCUUCGCCGAGACCAGCGACAUCUUACACCGCAUCGUGGUCUACGUGUUCAGCCUCCAGCAGGCCACGCUACACCACAUCUACAUACACACCUACAACACGGCGAACCUGUUCCAGGAGCUGCUCUUCCGGCGGACCAACAUCGCGCCGUCGCAUCAGGAGUUCCUGUACGAGAGCCGGCGCCUCGUGUUCGACCCCACCCGCCAGGCCCAGAGCUUCCCCAAGUCCUCCCGCGACAAUCCCAUCAUGCUCCUCAGCCGAGACCCCGUCAACACCGUCGGCCUGGUGUUCGAGGACCCCAGCCCUCCGAAAGUGCAGCCGCGCUACGACCUGGACCUGGACGCUAGCUACGCCAAGACGUUCGCGGGGGACGUGGGCUAUCUGUGGAAGACGUCCGACUCGCUGCUGCUGUACCAGGAGCUCGUGAGGAAAGCCGUGCGCGGCCUGAAUGAGCUGAUCAGAGACGAGUACAGCGAGACGACACACAAGAAGACGGAGGUGAUCCACGCGUGUACCUACUGUAGCCAAACACUGGAGAGGACCGAGCAGAUGUGUGAGGUCAUGAUGCAGGGAAACAUGCUGUCGGCGGAGUACGAUGAGAUCCGGGACAUGAGGAAGAAGGUGAUGCGGCUGUCCAGCUCUCUGGGCUCGAUGGAGCAGACGCUGCAGGACAUCAGCACCAUGUUCCUGCCCGGCGGGAGUCUGACCGACACCUGGACGCAGCAAGUGGGAACGCAUCCGGAAGACCGGAAUGUGGAGAAGAUCAAAGUUCUGCUGGACGCCAUCAGCGCCGUUUACCAGCAGUUCAAGAAGGACAAGGCCGAGAGACGUUUGCCCUAUAAUGAAGAACAGAUCCACAAGUUCGACAAACAGAAGCUGGUUCUGCACGCCACUAAAGCGCGGGCGCUCUUCACGGACGAGUGUGCCAUGAAGUAUCGGCUCUUCAUCUCCAAGAGUGAGGAGUGGAUGAAGAAGUUCCAUCACGUCCGUAAGCACCUCUUGUCUCUGACUGGUCAGUUCUCCAGCAUGGAACAGGAAGUGACUCUGAUCCUGCAGCGCUUGUAUAAACUGAUGGAGCAGCUGCCUCAGAAGAUGAUGCCCAUGACGGCCGGAGGACUCAAACCGCAGGCGUAUCUCAGUCCCAGCACUCUGGUGGAGAUGACCCUGGGGAUGAAGAAGCUGAAGGAGGAGAUGGAGGGAGUGGUGAAGGAGCUGGCGAGAACAACCUGUUCCUGGAGAGGUUUGGCUCGCUGACGGUGGACGGCGCCA